AUGGUCUCCAUCAAGCAACUCGCUCUCCUCGCCCUUACCACCGGCCUUGCAACAGUCGACGCUCAGUCUAGCGGAAAGACCACACGAUACUGGGACUGCUGCAAAGGCUCCUGCGCAUGGGCUGGCAAAGCCCCUGUGAGCUCACCCAUCACUACCUGCGACAAGAACGACAACCCACUCACCGAUGCCGGCACAAAGAGCGGGUGUGACGGCGGCUCAGCAUACAUGUGCACUAACCAGUCACCCUGGGCGGUAAACGAUGACCUUGCAUAUGGUUUUGCGGCUGUGAAGCUUGCUGGAAAGACGGAGAGUAACUGGUGCUGUGCAUGCUAUGAAUUGACUUUCACAUCCGGUCCUGUCUCAGGCAAGAAGAUGGUCGUACAAACGACCAACACCGGAGGCGAUCUUGGAGACAACCACUUCGAUCUUGCCAUGCCCGGUGGCGGCGUAGGCAUCUUCAACGCCUGCACUGCGCAAUUCGGAGCGCCACCCAACGGCUGGGGCCAGCAAUACGGCGGUAUUUCGUCCCGCUCAGAGUGCGACGGCUUCCCUCAGAAGCUCAAGGCGGGCUGCCAAUGGAGGUUUGACUGGUUCAAGAACGCUGAUAACCCAAGCGUUACCUUCAAAGAGGUUACUUGCCCCAAGGCAUUGACGGAUAAGACUGGCUGCAUCAGGCGUUAG